AACCAAGAAGAUCCCCGUCUAGGGAUGGAGGGCAGGAUUGAACAGGGUGGCAGCGGCGAGCCCCUCCAUCCUCGAGGCAGGAUGCUUCGGCCCCAAUCCCUGCACAGAGCAGCCUGUCUCCUCUCUCUUUGCCUCCUGGUGCAGUGCCACCUCCCUGCUGCUGAUGCUGUCCCCCUUUCCCUUGAGGAGGAGGAGGCCCACCCAGGCAACACUUUCCUCAAGGCUGAAAACAUGCCAGCCAGCAGCAUCCGGGUUCACUCCCUCCCAGGGACCAGCCCAGGUGCAGAAGACCAGAAUGACAGCCAUGAAGGUGACCUCUUCCAAGACGUGGACCCCAAGGCCUUGGCUGCCAUCCUCCUGCAAGCACUUCAGAUCCAGCCCAGCAAACCCAGCGAGCGGCACCUUAACCCCGAGCCCAGCGCCAAUGAGGAGCAGGUCCCUAGUGAGACCAUGAGUUCUGACGUGCAGCAGCCAGAGAAGGAGGAGGGCUGGAAAGCCAGCAAAGAUGGAGGCCAACCAGAGGAGGAGGAGGAAGAAAAAGAGGCAAAAGCUGAAGAAAGAAAUUUUGGCCAGCAGGAGUUGGAGACGCUCAAGUCCAUGCUGGAGGAACUGCAACAGUACAGCUCCACCACCAAGAGGGAGGUGUCCUCCCAGGGCUACCAAGCAGCUGGCCCCGAAAGCCCCCGGAAUGAUGUGCUGAAGGAGCUGGAAGAGUAUGAGCAGCUGAAGGUCAACACUAAGCGCAAGGCUCCCCCGAGUGAGCCCUGGGCAGGGGCCAGGAAACUGAGGCAGCAGCAGCACCUGGAGCACCAGCUCCUGCAGAGGCGCUACGAGGAGCUGGCUGAGAGCCGCAAGCAGGCAGAGGAGGCUCGCAGGGCCGCGGCGGAGGAGGAGCGCCUUGCAGAUAUGGCCUCAGACCUGCUGCUGCAGUACCUGCUGAAGGAUGGGGAGGAGGGGGAGGAGGAACAGCAAGGCGCCAAUGCCCAGGAGCGGUCCGAGGAGGAAGAGGGCGCGAAAGGCAGCUCCCUCCUCUUUGAGGAUGAGGAGGGCAACGUGGCCGAAGACAAGCGGUCCAAUGAGGCCCCGGAGGAGGAGGAGGAGGGCGGCGAGGACGACAUAGACCCCAACACAAUCGACCGGCUGAUCGAACUCUCCAGCAAACUUCACCUGCCGGCUGAUGAUGUCAUAGACAUCAUUAACAAUGUUGAGAAGAAGAAGGAGGAGGUGCCAGAGCCCAGCACCACCACCACCAAGGGCAAGUUGUCAGUGGCAGCACCGUGGAACAAGCCCCCAAAGAGCCCUUCCUAUGGCCCCUAUUACCAAGACACAUGGCCGGCCCCCAACCCAUACUACCCUCCAGCCUACAAGCCCUACCACCACCUCCCCAAGCAGAAUGAGGCAGCCUGGAAUGAAGUCUUGAAAGGAGAUGAAUAUCCCGCACCCAAAUGGUACCGAGCCAGGCCUAGUGGCCGCAGCACCACCACCAACAAGAUCUCCAAUUACAUCAAGCCCUGGACUUUCCAGCCUCCAGCCCACCACCGCUACCACCCUCUUCCCGGUCCCAUUGUGCCAAGAGACGAAUAUUAUGACGACAGCGAAGCCCACGAUGAGGAACUGGAGAACUACAUUGAGAGUGUGCUGAUGAAGCAUCCCAAAGUUUUCCAGUAAAAGCGACAGAAGCUGUCUCCCUUCCCACUCCUGUCCCCACCCAAAGAAACUUGGUCAUUCACAGUGUAUCUGACAUAAAUUCAGGUUCUUGCAUGAGUCAGGAGAACAAAGUCUCCCCACCUAGAGAGAGGUCCCCACGGAGGACAUCGGGUUGCAAUCUUUUUUUCUCAACCCGUUACCUGGAUGACAAACCUUCCCCCACUCCCCAUCAACACGCAUCUCAUAGAUGGCUGCCCUCCUGGUUGUAGAAGAAAAGCUGCGACACACACCAUGGGUGUGGAGCAUUAAGAGGAACAUCUUUUUCUCUGCAAUGAGUCAAAAUGAACCGUUUCGUACCCACACAGCACCCGCUACCCACUGGCACCAGUUGUUUGAACAAACAGGUAUCAACAGGCCUUAGUCACAAUGGAGCCAUGCAAGGCCACAAAUACUCAGCCUGACCUCUUCCCAGGGGCAAUCUCAAAACAAGCAUUCCAGGUGCAGCACUGCAAACUCUUAGAGGCGUUCAAUUAAAACCACCAUCACCACCACCUGGAUCCGUUCUGUCCCCCUUCUGCAACCCUCAAGAAAUCACAGUGUUAUAGCACACUUAGAGAGGAGUCUCAGCAAAAAUGGAGUGGGGAAGGGUGAAUGUGGAAGUGGGCCACACACCCCAAGUUGUGUGUGAUAAUGAAGGCCACUGGCUGGUGUUGAAUGUGAAACCCCAAAACUCCUAACUCACCUGCCCUUUCUCACCCCAACUCAGAAUCACUUGCCUUUUCCCCUUUGUGAAGUCAGCAUUGUUAGUUUAAAUCACAAGACCCUCCA